AUGAUCUAUGCAUAUGCUCUUAAUGUAGAAGAUACUGAAACCGCAGAAUCCAUGGGAGACGUCGUAAAAUUCGCUAUUCCCAGCCUAUUUUUAGUAUUAAUUAUUUUAUCAAUUUUUACUUUUAAUAGAGGAGGUACACUCUACAGCGUAUGAUACUUCAUGACUUGAUACCAAUUUAUCCGCUGAAUUCCUCUUAUUAACUCAGAUGUUCCAGAAGUCUAUGACAAAUUUUUUCAACGACUUGCAGAGGCAGCUAAUGAUCAUCAAUUUAUAACAUACGGAACUAGCAAAAGUGUCGACAAUAAAAGGUUAGAGAUUGUAAGUAAGAUAUAUUUAGAAAUAAAAAGCACACUCUUUAUAAAUAACGCUGAAGAACAAAUUGUGUAUUGAUUGGUAUGUGCUUUAGCUGUCAUUAUCAUAGGAGUUAUAGGAGUAUCCCAGAGCAAAACCCCAUGAGGAAUAUUAAAACGCAAAAUGAAGUACAAUUGUAUAAUUCGAGCGACAUUGGUUUUAUAUUUUGAUUUUUUGCUAUUUGCAAUUUUGCAGUUGGAGUAUUUUGAUACCUCAGGAUGAUAUGAAAGUUUGAAUUCUGUUAUCGCGAUAGUGGUGGUUUUUGUAUCAGUUUUAAUCUUUUUUAUUUUGCCUGUGAUUAUCAAGAUAAAAACUGAAAAUUCGAUUGAAAAUGAAAAUUCUAUUAAAGAAAUUGACACACUUAUAACAGAAUUUUCAGCAGAGAGGGUUUAUGCUAAAUAUAACUAUUGGGCUUUGUUUUUUAUUGUUAGGAUUGUUACAGCUUCAAUGUUUAUUAUAUUGUCUUCUUGAUCAAGCAUUCAAGCAUUGGUUAUUGGAAUCUGUGUGUUUGUAAACAGUAAUUUUUACUUAUUCUAUCAUUGUAUGUUAACAAAAACAUUGAAAAAUGCUUUUUAGGAAAUUGCCCCUCUUUCAGAACAACCAAAAAUAAAUAUUUUUUAUAUAAUUAAUGAUUUUAAAUGAGAUCCCAGAUAAUUCUAUUAACUUGCAUCCGUAAAUACAUAUUUUAGUCCUUUAUUUACAAAUUUUUAAAAAAAAAAAAAUUAAACCUUUCAGAGUGAUCAAAAUAAUCUUAUUGCAGAAGUUAGUUUUGUUUAUAUUUUUCUGAUUUCCAUUUAAAACAACUGUAGAAAAUAUAAUAUCAGGGCUUGCCGAAAUAUGGGUGAGGUUAAUUAAAGUACACUGUACUUUUUUCAACCCCCUCCGAAAACCUACAAAAAUGACUGUGUACUUUAAAAAUGGUCAUUUAGUGUGAAAAAAGUACAAACGGUACUUUUCGAUUUUUUAAAAACAGAGGGGUGAAAAAAGUAAACGGUGAAAAAAAAACCAGCCAAAGCAGAGUAAAAAAGUACAUAUAAAAAUCAAUAUUCUAUCAAGACUAAGCAAAUUUAAGCAAAGAAAGGCCAAGGUUGAAUUGCAUAAUAAACAGCUUGUAUUGCAUUAUAAUAAAUACUAAACAAUAUUGCUGUAAAGAAUGCAAGAACUGCAUGAUAAACAAUAAAAAAUAUUUGGCUCUCAAAAUAAGAGGAAAAAAGUACGCUGCAAAAUAUAAAAUGAUUAAAGUGACGUAGAAUAAUCUAAUAUAAAAGACUAAUAAUAAACACAGGAAAUUCCCUUAGAAAGUUCAACUUAAUUUGUUAAAUAAAAGACCAAAAGUUACAAAGAAAUAUAAGAAAAGUGAUUAUGGAGAAAAUUAUUAAAAAUGGAUGAAAAAAGUACAUUUUUUUUCAUAUGUGAAAAAAGAGUGAAAAAAGUACUCAUAAAAUUUUUAACAGUGCAAAUUUUGAAUGAAAAAAGUACAAAGGGAAAAAAAAAACAGAGGGAAAAAGUACAUUGACUUUUUUAUAUGAAAAUACUAAUUUUUUAAAUAUGUUUACCUUAAAAUGAGAAGAACGCAUCAAUUUAAUUUUGCUACAUAUAUUAAUUCUCACUCCACCCCCUUUAAAUUGGAACAAAUAUAGGUAAAAUUUCCACUUUUUUGGUAAAUUAACUCCUUCAAUUGGAAUUUUAUAAUAAAAAAUUAUAUAUAAUUUUUAUCUAAAAAGUUUUGAUAUAAGUUAAAUGCUUCUUCUCAACUAAAAUUCAAAAUUUAGUAAUAUCUUGCUCUUGUUUAAAGAAGUGAGUAUAAAGAGCAUCUUAUUUAAAUAAAUUUAUUAUCCUUAAUUGCUAAAUUUUAAAAAAAAAAAAAUUAUGUUUUUUGAUGAAAAUGAUAUUUUUUAUUUAAAUAGUUUUGAUAUAAAAUCAAUAGGAAUUCUUUAUAAAAUUUAAAAAUUUACUUAUUUCUUGCUUUAUUUUAAAAGAAUAGAGUAUAAAUAGCAUCUUAUUUAAAAAAAAAUUAGCAUUUUGAUCGAUAAAUUUUCUAAAAUUUGUUUUUUUUAAUUUUCUUUUAUUAAUAAAAAUACUAAUUUUUAUGUAAAUAAUUUUGAUACCAAUUAAUAGUGGCGUAUUAACUAAUAAUGUAAAUUUAGUUAUAUAUUGCUUUGUUUUAAAGGAUAAAGAGUAAAUAGCAUUUUAUUAAACAAAUUUAUUAAUCUAUUCGAUAAAUUUUUGAAAUUUGUUUUUUUUUUAAUAAAUUUUGAAAAUUUUAUAUUGAUUUUUUUUCUAGAUAAUUAAAAUAUGGCGUCUUUGUCUAGGUAUGGCCUCACGGCCAUACAGCCUCCGACUCAUAUUUUAAUUAUAUCCGGCAAGGUUUUUCUAGCCUUGAAAUGGACAGCAAUACUAGGCAACUAAUUCUGCAGGAGCGCAGAACCUAGCCCAAGUCCAAAUUCGAGACUGGUUUUUACCUCGAAGGUAAGGAGGGUUCAGAUUUGGAAAUGGUAAGCCCAGCAGAGUCUACAGGUAAUACCUAGACCAAUCGGGCAACUGCCUAGAGUUAAACUGGGCGUUACGUCCCAGGAUUUGGUCUUUAUCCUUUUGCCGACAGGCUACCAGAAAUUCCAUUUUUUGGAAUUUCGGAAUGCCAACUUCGUAUUCCCUCAGCCUCCAAACCCGUAGUCUGCCCACUCAACACUGGAGUCUUUUACAAUAGACAAGGAGGAGGCAUCAGUACCCCCGCUUUAUGUGGGAGUGAUGUCGCAAAGCGGAUGAAUCCCAUAAGGGAUCCUCGCUGAUUGCGUUAAAAUUAGGGGCACGAGCCCGUCUAUUUAAGUUAAGUUAAGUGAUAUUUUUUUCUAAAAAAAAUAACCCCCCUUUAAAUUGGAACAAAAUUUUUGGUUCCAAUUUAAAGGGGUUGGAGUGAGAAUUAAUAUAUGUAGCAAAAUUAAAUUGAUGCGUUCUUCUCAUUUUAAGGUAAACAUAUUUAAAAAAUUAGUAUUUUCAUAUAAAAAGUCAAUGUACUUUUUCCCUCUGUUUUUUUUUCCCUUUAACUUUUUUCAUCCAUUUUUAAUAAUUUUCUCCAUAAUCACUUUUCUUAUAUUUCUUUGUAACUUUUGGUCUUUUAUUUAACAAAUUAAGUUGAACUUUCUAAGGGAAUUUCCUGUGUUUAUUAUUAGUCUUUUAUAUUAGAUUAUUCUACGUCACUUUAAUCAUUUUAUAUUUUGCAGCGUACUUUUUUCCUCUUAUUUUGAGAGCCAAAUAUUUUUUAUUGUUUAUCAUGCAGCUCUUGCAUUCUUUACAGCAAUAUUGUUUAGUAUUUAUUAUAAUGCAAUACAAGCUGUUUAUUAUGCAAUUCAACCUUGGCCUUUCUUUGCUUAAAUUUGCUUAGUCUUGAUAGAAUAUUGAUUUUUAUAUGUACUUUUUUACUCUGCUUUGGCUGGUUUUUUUUUUCACCGUUUACUUUUUUUUCACCCCUCUGUUUUUAAAAAAUCGAAAAGUACCGUUUGUACUUUUUUUCACACUAAAUGACCAUUUUUAAAGUACACAGUCAUUUUUGUAGGUUUUCGGAGGGGGUUGAAAAAAGUACAGUGUACUUUAAUUAAACCUCACCCCCGAAAUAUGUACAUUAUUAUUAAUAAUCCAAACUGGAUUAUUUAAUUUAAACGGCUGAACAAGCAGCUCAAUGAACUAUAUGGCCUGAGGCUGCAUAUCAGUAGUCUAUAUUGGCAUAGUUUUAUGUCUAAUACGAUAUUUCAGUAUUUUAGCAUUAUCAAAGCAUGCUGUUUUCGAUGAAAGAAGUAUUGAUAAAAAAAAUGAUGAGACUGUAGAUCGAUCUAGCGAUAUCAAAGCUCCUACUAAAAUAGAGCCAGAAUUCCAAAUCGAAGAUCUUGAAGAACAAGAAGUUAUACAAUCCACCUUGCCAUUCGCAAAUAAAUCAGUGUUUACUCCACCAACAAUAAAUUCUGAGCACGUGAUUAAUACAAAUGCACCAAUUAUUAUGGAAAAUAUCAAUCAAAAAGUUUAUGAAGAACCUACAGAAGAGCAAAAAUUAGAAAAUAAAGAAAUUUUCAAUGAAAAGAAUAUAGAAAACAGAAAUAGAAGAUACGGGGAAGGUCUGUCUUUUUAUCCUAGGCUUGAAGACUUAGUCUUAGUCUUAAUUAAAUUUAUAGAGUAGCUCCCGGCCAGGACCGAAGGUCCUUUUCUUCCGCCUUUUGGACGCCUCGCUUGCUUUCCUUGCCCUGCUCCCAGUGUGCACCUAAGUGCCACAGGCUACCACUCAGCUCCUUCCGGUCAUGGGGCUUGUUCAUGCUAUCCCGGAAGUAGGCGGACUGGGUCACCGUGCUUCACGUCGCCAGACAAGGGUUAGAGCUAAAGGAUUAACUCCUUAGCUCUUGUCGGCUCCUGCCAUGCCCUCCAAAUUGGCACUAGCGGUCCCUAGAGGAAAAACCCUUUUUGCCCCGUGUCCUAUCGGGACGAACCCAGGAUCGUCGUUGUUGGACUGGGAGGGAAACCUAGCCGGACACAAACUACCAGUACCCAUUCCAGACCUUUCCCUGGGCGGAUUGGCUUCAGGCCGCAGCAAGGUCCCCAAUCUCGCCUCAGUUCCGGGAGAGGGUGGGUCGGUGUCGUCGCCAUUUUAUUUGUGUCCUAGGCUUGAAGACAAGUACAAAAGAAUUUCUUUAAAAUAA